AUGGCGUUUUGCAACGGCAGCCUGCUGGCUAGGUGUGCCCCCCUGAUGGAGCUGGAAGAAGAGGAAGGGGUGGUGAUUUCACCACCGCCGCCUCCGCCGCCAGGGGUUGGGACUACUAGUCCCCUCAUGCCUGUCACCCUACGUGUGAUGCUGGCCGCUAUCAUGAUCUUCAUGAUCGCCAUCGGUUUCCUGGGCAACGCCAUCGUGUGUCUGAUCGUCUACCAGAAGCCCGCCAUGCGUUCUGCCAUCAACCUGCUCCUCGCUACGCUGGCAUUCUCUGACAUCAUGCUCUCGCUGCUCUGCAUGCCCUUCACUGCCGUCACCGUGGCUACCGCCGACUGGCGCUUCGGGGGCGGGUUCUGCCGUGCUUCCGUCAUGCUCUAUUGGCUCUUUGUCCUGGAGGGCGUGUCCAUCCUCCUCAUCAUCAGCGUAGACCGUUUCCUCAUCAUCGUCCAGCGGCAGGACAAGCUGACGCCACACCGUGCUAAGCUACUCAUCGGCGCUUCCUGGGCGCUGUCCCUCUGCGUGGCGCUCCCGUCUGUGAUCGGCUGGCGGGCGGGCGCGGCGGGUGUGACGGGCAUUGGGGGGGCCUGGGCGCCACAGUGCGUGCUGGGCUACAGUGAGUCGCUGGCCGACCGCUGCUACACAGUGCUGCUGGCAGUGGCGGUAUUCUUUGUGCCGUUCGGCAUCAUGCUCUACUCCUACCUGUGCAUCCUCAACACGGUCCGCCGCAACGCCCUGCGCAUCCACAACCACACCUCCGACCAGGCCAGCCUCCCGGUCCUCAACCAGGUCAGCAAGCUGGGCCUGACUGGCCUGCAACGUCCCCCGCAGGUCAAUGUGGACAUGAGCUUCAAGACGCGGGCCUUCACCACCAUCCUCAUCCUCUUCAUCGGCUUCUCUGUGUGCUGGCUGCCCCACACAGUGGUCAGUUUGCUGGCCGUGUUCAGCCGGAGGUUCUACUUCAGCCCUGCCUUCUAUCCGGUCAGUGUGGGGGCUCUGUGGCUCAGCUAUCUGAAGACCGUGUUUAACCCAGUCAUCUACUGCUGGAGGAUCAGGAAGUUCCGGGAGGCGUGUCUGGAGUUCAUGCCCAAGAGCUGCAGGCUGUGUCCCAGGGUGCCGGGCCGGAGCCACAGGAGGGUGAGACCCAGUAACAUCUACGUGUGCAGUGAGACCCAGUCGGCUGUGUGA